AUGUUUUUUAAGAAGUCUUACCAGAGAGUUCCUUCAGGGGACCCUGAUUUUCUUGAUGAGAAGGCCAGCUUAGACGAGAUCGAGACCCCUGUGCAACAAAAAAAGUCAUUUCCAAAGAAAGCCAUUUGGGCAAUGGUCUUGCUUCCAGUGUACCUCAUCUUACUCGCUACUUAUUGUCUUACAAACUGUGGAAAUCAUGAAGCUCCAAAGAGAAACGUUAUUUUUAUGGUGACGGAUGGAAUGGGUCCUGCUUCGUUGUCGCUUGCACGUUCUUUCAAGCAAUACAGAGACAAGCUCGACAUUGACGACAUUUUGGCUUUGGACUCCAUUCUUAUUGGAUCUUCGAGAACCCGUUCCAACGACUCGUUGGUGACUGAUUCAGCAGCAGGAGCUACAGCAUUCUCUUGCGCUUUGAAGAGUUACAACGGUGCAAUUGGCGUUGACCCAGAGAAGUCGCCAUGCGGAACCAUCUUAGAGGCAUUGAAAUUGCGUGGCUGGCACACGGGUCUUGUUGUCACUACAAGAAUCACCGAUGCCACUCCAGCUGCAUUCAGCUCUCACGCUGACUACCGUUUCCAAGAGGAUCUUAUUGCUCAGCACCAGUUGGGUGAGUAUCCAUUGGGUAGAAUGGUUGACUUGAUGAUUGGCGGAGGCAGAUGCCAUUUCUUGCCAAAAGCCAACCAGGGCUGUAGAAACGACGAUAGAAACUUGAUCGAGGAAGCACAGAAGAACGGUUGGAGUUACGCUGGCGACAGAAAGCUGUUUGACGCGUUGGACGAGGGAAGAAACGUCAAAUUGCCUCUCCUUUCACUCUUGGCUCCUACAGAUAUUCCAUUUGAUAUCGAUAGAGACUCGUCAGUGCAUCCUUCUUUGGCUGAGGAAGUCAAGGUGGCGCUUACUUCUUUGUCCGAUGCUACCAAGGACUCCAAGGAGGGCUUCUUCUUGCUUAUUGAAGGCUCUAGAAUUGAUCACGCCGGUCAUCAGAAUGACCCAGCUGCUCAGGUUAGAGAGGUGUUGGCAUACGAUGAAGCAAUGAAGGAGGUGAUGAAGUUUGUGGACAACACUGACACUGAGACGGUUGUGAUCUCCACUUCUGACCACGAGACUGGUGGCUUGGUGACUGCUAGACAGGUUACCGAAAACUACCCUGAUUACUUAUGGUACCCUGAGGUUUUGCUUAACAGUAGCCAUUCAGGUGAGUUUUUGGUUAAGAAGAUGAUCAGCAAACAGAGUCAGACAAAUAUGGAUGACGCUUCUUUGGAAACCUACAUCGCCAAGGAGAUUGUUGAGCAGGAUAUGGGUAUUACUGACUACACCAAGGAGGAGAUUCAAACAGUGAAGAAGUUUGCAGGCGAUCCAAACCGGUUGUUGGGAUUCCUUAAUAACAUGAUCUCAGUGCGUUCUCAGACUGGAUGGAGCACUCUGGGCCACUCUGCAGUGGAUGUGAAUAUCUACGCUUUCUCAAACUCUGAUAAGAUUAACAAGCAGCUUUACCAGAGGGAUCCAUACACCGGUUUGAUCGGUAAUCACGAGAACAUUGAGAUUGGCGCGUUCAUGGCCAACAUUACUGGUGUUGACUUGUCGGAGGUGACCAAAUUGCUCAAGGACGUGGAGCACUCGCCAAAGGGUGCUUUCAAUAUGGAGGCUCUCAGCGAGGACAUCCAUUUGCAUGCUUUACACGAAAUUCGUCAUUGA